AUGUUCAAUGUAGCAGUAUUCCUAUACGACAUAAUUAUCACCACAGGGGAAGAAAUACGGUGCUUUUGGGGACGCAAAGUGACCGGGGCCGCCAUCUUGUUCUGGAUGAACAAGUACAUGACGAUCCUUUUCCUGGCGUGGAAUUUUGGGUCGGAGUUUGCUCCAUCGAAAGAAGUGAGCAUGUGCUCUCUAGGCCCCCAUACUGACAGUGGCUAA